AGAAGGCUGGGGGUCGCGGGCGAUAGCUAACGCUGCUAAGUCCGGGUUGUGGACUCCGAACGAUCUCGGAUCUAGAGUCUGGAUCGAAGGAUGAGAUACCCUGGAUAUGACUCUGUGAGAGACGUGACGUGAAGGGGUUUGGCAAGACCCGAGACCCUACUUGGAGAGCCCCCCUCCUCUAUGUCCCACCCCUCCCGGGACUCCCUCUGCCACCUCCGCCCGCGACCGGAGUCAGCGAGCCGCCUGACUCUGCUGGCUGGAGCAAUGAUGACACCUAGCGGACAGUGACUGGGCGGCCCCGGUGGCGGCGAUGGGGACCCCAGCCUCGAGGAGGUGCUAUUGGAGGGCUGGGGUGGCGCUUCAGCACCAGCAUGGGCCGGACAGCGCCUCCCACCCUGAGGCCCUCGAAACUCAGUUUUGGAGCUCCUCGGAAGGGAUCCAAUGGCAGACCCUGAAGGGAUCUCGAACUUCUCCGGACCGCUCCCGACAGACCCAGGUGGCCUCCAGUUAGCAAAGCUGCAAUCCGGGAACCCACUGUUAUCCCCUCUCUAAAAUCCUUUUCCCUCCUUGCCCAGCCCGGGGAGGGAGAGGAGGGUCCCACAUCUGUUCAUACUACAGUCCCUGACGCCAGUUCAAGUUUUACUAGAGAGGGGCCCCGAAGAGGACUUGGGACAGGACUGAAAAGCUGCGCAUCCACUUGCAAGUUAAACAGUCGCCGGAAUAGAGUGCCGCGGAGCUCCUGGCUGCCCGCUCGCGGUCCCAGAAGCUGCCCCAGCGGUCGCAUGGCCCCAAGGACUUCCUUCCCGACCGCUCGGCGACUCAGGCGGAGCGGCUGCGCCUAUGUCGCGAAGAGCUGUGGCAGCUGCUGGCCGAGGAGCGCGUGGAGCGCCUGGUAAAUUCUGGCAGACCAUGGGCUUCUCAGAACAGGGCCAGCAGCGGCUUCACCCCGAAGAGGCUUUGUAUCUGCUGGAGUGUGGCUCUAUUCAGCUCUUCCACCAAGACCUGCCACUAUCUAUCCAGGAGGCCUACCAGCUGUUGCUGUCUGGGGAUACUGUGAAUUUCCUGCAGUACCAGGUCUUCAGCCACCUGAAGAGACUGGGCUAUGUGGUUCGACGAUUCCAACCAAACUCCGUCCUGUCCCCUUAUGAGAGGCAGCUAAACUUGGAUGGCUGUGCCCAGCACCUGGAGGACGGGACUGGCAAGAGGAAGAGGAAUACCAGCUCUGAGUGUGUUAAUAAAAAAGUCACGGCCCUGAAGACUUCCCUGCCAUCCACGAGCCUGGCAGCCUCCAGCCCACCUGACUGCAACCAAAAUAGCCAAUGCCCAGUUGAGAAACCCCAGGAGCCAAGCCCUGCAAAAGGCCCAGGGAUCACCUUUCCAUUUCUGGGUUCCUUGGAGCCCAGCCCUAGUCUGACCAGACAGAGUGUGGGGUAUGACCGAGAAAGUGGCAAGGUAGAGAAUGGAAUCAAGGGAGCUCGUAAGCCUCGCUGGAACUUUGAGCAGAUCUCCUUCCCCAACAUGGCUUUGGAUGGUCGCUACACCUUCCUAUCUGCCCCAGCCCCAGAGUUGCUUCCAGCCAACGUCAUUGGGCGGGAGAUAGAUGCUGAAUCCUGGUGUCAGAAGCUGAACCAGCGGAAGGAGAAGCUUUCCCAAUGGGACCAGGAAAAAGCAGAGGCCCGGCAGUUCCAGGACAUAAACAUAGACCCUGAGGUGCAAUCUUGCUCCAGCUGGCGGGAAUACAAGGAGCUGCUGCAGAGGCGAGACAUGCAGAAGAGUCAGAGCUACCCCCGACACCUGUGGAGUCAGCCCAUCACCCCCUUGCUGAGUCCAGGACAGGUGGACUCCCCAGCCCUGGUCCUUCAGCAUAUCUCCGUGCUGCAGACAACACACCUAGCUGAUGGAGGUGCCGGGCUGCUGAAGAAGUCCGGAGGCUUGGAGAUCAGUUUUGAUGUUUACCAGGCUGACGCUGUGGCCUCAUUCCGAAAGAAUAACCCUGGCAAACCCUAUGUCCGGAUGUGCAUUAGUGGAUUUGAUGAGCCUGUCCCAGACCUCUGCAGCCUCAAGCAAUUGUCCUACCAGAGUGGGGAUGUCCCACUAAUCUUUGCCCUGGUGGAUCAUGGUGACAUCUCCUUCUACAGCUUCAGGGACUUCACACUGCCUGGGGAUCUGGAGCACUGACUACAGCUCUGAAGGUGUUGGAACCUGCUCUGGGAGACCUGAACUGUUUGCUCUCAGGGACUAUCUCAGUUGCCUCCUGUACUUAAAGACUGUCCUGUAGGGGCCAGUGUGUGCCUUGGCCCUGGGUGUCUGAUACUUGCAGGAAAGUAAAACCCUGCCCCAUAUCAUUACCCCCUUGCUUGGGCUCUGCAGCUUCCAAGUCUCAGGCCUGAGAGUGCUGCCUUCAGUGACCCCCUUGGAACUCAGGACUAGAUUUCAGAGGCCCAGGAGGUGGGACAGAAGAGAGGACUCUGUGCCUUUAACAAGAGGGUGCCUGUUUCGCCGCCAUAGAGCCAAAGCCAUUAAAAAUAGAUCUUUUUUUCUGCUGUGGCUGGA